AUGAAAUUGCCACCUAGCUUAGAGUCUAUUGAAGGUAGCAACAAGGUUUUCAAGCUCAACAAGUCUCUAUACGGGUUAAAACAAUCACCGAGAGCUUGGUUUGAGAGGUUCACUAAAGUCAUUCUUAAAAAUGGCUACAAGCAGUCCCUUGCCGAUCAUACAUUUUUCAUCAAGGUAACUUCUACAAAUAAGGAAGCUAUCCUAAUUGUGUAUGUGGAUGACAUAAUUCUUACUGGAGAUGAUAAGGAAAAGAUUACCAAUUUGAAGAAGUUGUUAAACAGGGAAUUCAAAACCAAUGACUUAGGAAAGCUAAGGUAUUUCCUAGGAAUGGAGGUGGCAAGAUCAAAAGAAGGACUUGUGAUCAAUCAAAGAAAGUAUGUACUUUAUUUACUUAAAGAAACUGGUUUUCUUGGUUGUAAGCUAGCUGAUACACCAAUGGAGGCAAACUUGAGAUUUAACAAAGAAGAUGGGUCUUUAGUAGACAGAGAGAAAUUUCAAAGAUUAGUUGGGAAACUAAUUUACUUAUCCUUGACGAGGCCAGAUAUAGCCUUUCCCGUAAAUGUGAUAAGUCAACACAUGACUAAUCCUACUGAAGAGCAUAUGGCAGUAGUAAAUAAAAUUCUCAAGUACUUGAAGAAAACUCCAAGACACGGCUUAAUGUUUAAUAAGACACAAGACAGAACUGUUAAGAUUUUUAUAGACUCUAGUUGGGCCGGAGAUCUCACUGAAAGAAGAUCCACUAGUGGCUACUGCACUUUUGUUUGGGGUAACCUUACAACUUGGAGAAGUAAAAAACAAUCUAUCGUUGCAAGAAGUAGUGCUGAAGCUGAAUUUAGAGCACUAGCUUUGGGAAUAUGCGAAGGAAUUUGGCUACUUAAAUUAUUAAAAGAACUUGGCGCUAAUCAGGAGGAUCACUUUGAAGUUUUGUGUGAUAAUUAA